AUGCACUCUCCAGAAAGCAGGUGGAAGAAUAUCAGAGUAUACUGGCUGGCUUUCGUUUCGUAUUGGGGAAUCGUGCUCUUUGGUUAUGACACUGGAAUUGCCGGAGGGGUUGUCUCACAGCCCUACUUCCAGACACAUUUCGGUCUGACAAAUGCAGACGGUCAAGUGAACCAGUCAAAAUCUAACGAGGUUUCCUCCAACGUUGUUUCUGUCCUUCAAGCCGGAGCAUUCUUUGGUGCCCUGGGAAGUGCACCUCUCUCAAGUUGGUUAGGUCGCCGCUAUACCUUGGUCGCUUUCACAGUCAUUUUCUCCGUCGGUGCUAUUCUUACGACGGUAGCCGGUGGCAGUCGAGGGCUGGGCUACAUCUAUGGUGGCCGUGUCGUUUCCGGUUUGGGAAUCGGUGGUAUUUCCGCUGUAGCGCCGGCCUAUGUAUCAGAAUGCUCGCCAAAAAAUGUCCGUGGACGCAUUACGGGAAUGUUCCAAAUCAUGGUGGCAAUUGGUGUCAUGAUAUCUUACUUCAUCAACUUUGGUAUAGGACUUCAUAUUUCUAACAGCGCACAAGUUUGGAGAAUUCCUUUCGGUUUCCAGCUUGUUCCCGCGGGCAUGAUGUGCCUCGGUCUCUUUACAGUCAAGGAAUCUCCUCGUUGGCUGGCAUCCAAAGGUCGCAUGCAGGAAGCCCUCGAUAACCUUGCCUAUCUUCGAAAGGAACAUAACGACUCGCUGGAGGUGCGACACGAGUUAGCCGAAAUUGAAGGUGCGAUAAGGGAAGAACGAGAAGCCCGAAAGGGUCUCGGUCUGAAGGAAGCAUUUUUCGGUCGUGGCAAUUUCAUUCGAUUCGUUAUCGCAUUUGUCAUUUUCCUUCUGCAGCAGUGGAGUGGCCAGAAUUCAGUUGGCUACUAUGCACCGCAGAUUUUCAAAUCAAUCGGAUACACAGGGACAGCAAACAGCUUGCUCGCUUCCGGUAUAUACGGUAUUGUGAAAGUAGUCGCAACCGCUAUCUUCGUCUUUUUCCUCGUCGAAUCGCUCGGUCGAAAAAUCUCGUUAUUUAUCUCGUCACUGGGGAUGGGUGUCAUGUUUUUCAUCAUCGGAGCUAUCCUCAAGACGCAUCCUGUGGCGACAGUCGCCGUUGGUCAGACCGGCCCUCCUCCCUCAUCAUCAUCAAAGGCCAUGGCUGCUAUGCUUUACAUCUACGUCUGCUUCUACUCGAUGGGCUGGGGCCCCCUUCCUUGGGUCUACGUCUCCGAUAUCUUCCCGACUCGUACCCGUCAUUACGGAUUGGCCGUCGCCAGCGGAUCGCAAUGGCUCUUCAACUUUGUUGUUUCCAAAGUGACACCCACUCUGGAGACGGAUCUCGGCUAUAAACUCUUCAUGAUGUUUGCCGCGAUCAAUAUCGGCGGCAUGGCUAUCUUCUCAUUACUUCUUCCCGAGACCAAAGGACGCAGUCUGGAAGAAAUGGAUAUCAUAUUCGGGGCCGUCGCCGCCGAGUCUCGCGACGCCUUCAUCGAGAAAGAAGAAAGAGCCUUUGAACACGAAGUCAACGAGACGACGUCUGAGCGAUCCAUCGAUCGCAAAGUCUGAGGCGACCUGUUUUUUUUUUUUUUUUUUUUUUUCCAUGUUUGGGCUUGAGCUAUAUCUAUUAUAUCAUACCGCCUGAUUCACGAACUAGUCAUCCGAGGCUACUGCCAUGUCUGUAUUAUACGAACCGUCACGCUUAUCUU